GUACGCCUCGGUUUCUACCUCGCGUUGGCGUGGGGGCGGGCUGUGAUAAAGCUUGGGCGUUGUGUUGCUAAGCAACCCGAUGCCGACCGCGGCGACAGGAGCAGAACUACAAGAUAUUACAAAAUAUGCUGUCAAUUGUCCCUGUCAAUGGAGCAUCAUUAUUCUGUUUUGAAGACAAGUAGUUCAUCAAUGACUUCAGUUCACAGUUCUAAAAACAACUACAAGGGCAGUUCCUCCAAACGAGAUACUUUAGCUGUUACUGCAGUUGCUUUACAAGAUCAUAUUUUACAUAACCUACAGCUCCAGGAUCUUUCAUUAGCAGAUCCUUUUAAAUCAAAGUUAAUGAAUAAAAAGAACAUUUAUAAACCUGUGAACAAAGAGAUGGUCAGAGCAGUAGUAUAUACUGGACUAAGAAAAAAGAGCAUUCUCCACACAAAAAAGGAAGAUCCAGAAAAGGAAUAUGUCCUUGAUCCUAAUCCUCCACAACUAACUUUAGCUCAGAAACUGGGCUUAAUUGAGCCUCCUUCCUUGCCACUAACAGCAGAAGAAUGGGAUAAAGUAAAGCAAAGAUCUAUAAAACAGGGAGAUUCUGUGCAACCUUGUGCAAUAUGUAGGGAAGAAUUUGCACUUCAACCACAGGUGCUGCUUUCAUGUUCCCAUGUAUUUCACAGAGCGUGCCUGAAAGCUUUUGAAAAGUUUGCAGGUAAAAAGACCUGUCCUUUGUGUAGAAAGAAGCAGUAUCAGACCAGAGUAAUACAUGAUGGGGCACGUCUGUUUAAAAUAAAGUGUAUUACGAGAAUCCAAGCUUGCUGGAGAGGGUAUGUUGUUAGAAAAUGGUAUAAAACUUUGAGGAAAACAGUACCUCCGCAAGAUAGCAAAUUAAGAAAAAAAUUCUUUGAAGCAAAGUUUCAGGAGAUCAGCAAUCGGUUAUUGAGUUCUUACGACACAAACAUAGAUGAGUUUUUUUCUGAAAUUGAUUCUUCUAUAGCUGCAAGUCGAAAUGUGCUUCAACAGCUGGAGGAAAAAUUUGCCCCGUUAAUAAGCGAAACGGAAUGGGAGAAAAUACAGAUGCAGGCAUUUCGGCAAGAGAUAUUUGACUGCCCUAUUUGCAUUAUGCCACUCUAUCAUAUCACUCAUCCUCCAAGUGUCUUUUCUGAGAACAGCAAUAAUCGGUAUUCACGCCAGACCGUUCUGCUCUCUUGUUCACAUAUGUUUCAUCAGACUUGUCUUCAAGCAUUUGAAGAGUUUUCCUUGGGAGAAAGACUUGUUUGUCCCUUAUGUCGCUCUUGUUAUCAAAAGAAAAUUCUGGAAUGUUGAUAUAAACAUGUAAACAGUCCAGAAUGAGCUGCAUAAUCGAAUUUUUAAUUGGUUUAAUGAUAGACAACCUCACAGGAGAUUAGAUCCUUGUCAGAUCCAGUGUGAGAAAAACACACUUCUCUGUGGAUGCUGAUGUUCCUAUUAUAGAAAUAAAAGUUAAAUGGGCAGUGUGCUACCAUUUCUCUGACUUGUUGCUUUUCCUUGCUCUCCACAUUCUUACCUGUCUUCUGCUCCCUUUGCUUUCCCUUAUGUUCUGUUUUCCCUCCCUGGUCUUCUCCUUCCUUUAACUCCUCCCUCUCAGAGACAUACUACCCUCUCCCUCUCCCUCACAUCCCAGGAUCCCUUCUUCUUUUCCCUCUCCCUGAGAACUCUUCCCUUGGACUCCUUUCUUCAUUCCGUGGAGUCCAUCUACACACUCUCCAGUGGAGUUACUCAUGUUGAACACCAGGAAAAGACAGAUUCCCUUGAUAGCAGCACCCAGGCAGUUGGAAAUGCCACUGAUGAGUGUGGAAUGAGAUGCAUUACUUUUUCAGCCCCUUUUAGUAGCUGAAUGCAGCUGGGCUGGCUCCUCUCCUUUAAUGGCUGGAAGCCACAUUACAAGCUCUAUUAUAGGCAAAUGGAAAGUAGUGCAAAAUAGCUCUGCUGCAAAUGUGGCUGAGUCGUCCCCAUAAAGGAACAAAAUGGUUCAGGAACUUGAACAACUAGUAUCAUCUAGGUUUAGAAGAGACCAAAAUGCAUUUAAAACCUUUCAGUUGUGGACUGUUACUCUUGAACUUUGAUCAAGGGAUUUUAGGCCUUAACUCAAUAUCAUGCACCCAGGAGAGCUUGAAAGCUAAACUUUUGUUAAAAUGUUCCAGAUGCUUUAGGAAACUGUGACUCACAAUGCCGAAAAUGCUUGUAGACUGGCCAUAUUUAAAUUAGUAUUGUUUUGUGUCAAAGAUUACUGAAAACUAUUGAUAGCCUGUGUGUUUUUCCAUUAACUAAAAACUAAAAUUAGGAUACAGGCAUGUUAAAGGUAUGGGUUUGCUUUUUGAUGGGUUUGCUGCAUGUUUGUCCUUUGCUUUAUUUGUGCUCCAUGUUUUGGUCCAAAGGGUGUAACACUUACUGAACCUAUCAGGAUCUCUGCUACUCCUCAAUGAUACUCUGAACUUCAACAAAUGGCUUGUGUUAGACGCUCUCAAGCUCUUUGCACACAUUAAGCCACCCUCCUACAAUGAUGUGGCCUACAUAUAUUAUAGAGGAGUAAAUUGUGAGGCAUGGAGAAACAGCUUACAAAGACUCAAAAGUCCAUUGUUUAUUUUUAAUACAAAUGUUGACAAAAAAAGCACGUUGUAAAUCAAUCACAGUUUGACUUUAUUGAAAACAGAGUUUAAAAAGAUCUUGCUAAAAACACACAAAUUGUGACAUUUCAAAUAAAGCAAAAAGAUAACAAAUCUACUCCUUUUCAUUACUGCACUGUGAAAUUCAAACCAUCUAAAAAGGCAGUUGUUUUCAUAUAGUUUUGUAACAUUGCAAGGUUACCACAACUGAAAAUUGUAUAAAGCACACAUUUUCAGAUGACCUAAAUUAAAUUAACCUCAAGGACUGGGUGGGGAGGAUGCGUCUGCUACAGAUUGGGAACAAUUACUUUAGUGCUAAAAACAUUUUUCAGCCAUAUUUUGCUUUCAAGAUAUGAAAAUGCCCACAUAACUAAAAACUUUUGUAACUAAAUUUCUGCAAAGACAGACCUAAAUUGGUAAUAUUGGAAUGAAAGAGCCUGAACCUGUAUGAGGAAAAAGGCCCACUAAUUAGCUGAACCUGUACUAGACUUUUUUAAAUCUGCCAUUGCACUACCAUCAGUGCAUAUAUAUGGUCUGUAAUGCAGAAAAGGUGGUAUUUCUAUGACCAUAUCAUCUAACCCUCCUCAGAACAUGUCUAGACGUUAUAAGAAUGCUGAGCCUUGGGUAUACUCCCACUCAUGGUAGUGCAACUGGGAUUUUGCUGUUUAAAAAAGCUUAGCAUAGAUAAGCCCAUUGAGUUCAAUGGGUGUUUUGCCUGAGUUGGGAAUGCAGGAGUAGGCCCCAAAUCAUUCUUGCAUAUAGAGGAACCUAAAUAUUCUGUAUUUUCAGUUUGUGUAUAUGUAUUGCUGUAUUGGUCACAGGUUACAAUUUUAAAUCCACAAUCCUAACAUCUUCAUUUUCUAAAUUUCUAUACCAAUUGGUACCAGAUCAGACAAAAUAUUUUAAGGUUACCUUUAAAAACUGGGAAGUGGUUGCAUUUUUUGUUCACAACCUUUUAAUUGUACUUGAAACUGGAAGAUUUUGUGUAAUUUUUCUAAACUGGGAAAAUGCAUUAGUGUUAGAAAGCAUGUUUCAGACAGCAUGAUGGUAAACAGAAUUUUGCCCAUAAGCUUUUUAGCAUGAGCAUCUUAUCCACACUAAAAGCAAUAUCAUGUUUAACCUCAUGCUGUCUGAAAUGUGUUAGUUUGCAUGUUUUCUAAAUUUUCUCCAAUAGAGACAAAGGCCAAACUGCACGCACACGGAGCAUCACUCACUUUUAAGGGAGCACAACUACUACACAGACAAAGUACAGAAUAAAACCCUUCAUUUCUUGGUGCCAUAGUAUGUUUGGCUUGGUAAUCACAACUUAAAGAGCUGCUAUAUAUUGAUGCACCAACAGAUUCAUUUUUUAUCUCCAGUGAGGUGAGGCAUAUUCAUUAAAAAAGGGCAUAUUAAGUGACCAGUCUUUAUUUUAAUGGAAUUCUGUGGUGACACUGAAAGACCAGAGAGUACUGGUAUUUCCAUAAUAUAAAUACUUGUGCUAAGAAACCUCGUAUGGGACUACUAGGGGGAGCAGAUGGGUAUUAAAUAAAAUGCAAAGUUGAUGUCCUGAGCUUUCAUUCCUUGAAGUAAAUGGAAGUGAUGAGUGCUGGGGGAUGCAGGCUAGUGUCCUAAUCAUGAAGGAAACCUUAUAAUUACCUUUAAAAGUUACUUUUUGUACAAAUUAUAUUUAAUGAAAGAAAUAGAAGAGCAGCAUGUUGAGAUUAUUGGUAGAAAUAUCUAGAAAUACACAUAAUUAUGUAUUAUUUAAAGACAUUUGAUAUAGAUACACACAGAUUUUACAAACUUCUCUGUAGACAUCUGAAUCGUUUUCAAAAAUUGGGGUUUCAGAACAAAGUUUCAAUUUUGAUCAGAUACAACUUUUAGAUUGCUCUGGUCCAAGUAUGUUGGGCUGAGAUCAUCAGCAUUUACUGAUAUUACAUUUGUUAAAGGAUUUCUCCUUUAUUACUCUGCAGCCAUUUUGCCCAACUGGAAUCAACCUGUAGUAUAGUUGAAACAAUCAGAGACAUUUUUGGUCUCAAAUUUAAAGCUAACAAAUAGAAAUCUGAAUUAUUAAUCAAAGUAGCUAUUAGGAAAAGUCCAUGAAUGAACAAUGAAUUAGGCAAGCAAAGGCUGUACAGAAUUUAAGAUCCUAUUUCACCUUUCCUAUUUUUAAUUAAAAAAAACAAACAAAAAAAACUUUGCUACUAAAACAUGCAGCUAUCCUUACAAUUCAUAGGCUACUAUAAUUGAAACCAAAGCCACUGUUCUCCUGUAAAUUGCCUUGCAACCAUAAGUAGAGUGUUAUUUUGUGACAUUUUCUGCAAUUCUGUUUAACUUGAACACCUGUUUAUUAUAAGGGCCACGGGUUGACAUGUACUAUUUAAUCAUCAAAAAUAAAAGCUAAAGACUUACCUGUGAAAGAAAGUACAGCAAGAAUCUUUAGUAGGAUUGGAAAGUGUUCUAGAAAACAAUGGAUUUCAUGUUUAGACUUCCUGCUAAUUAGCAUAGGUGUAGUUUGACUUCUAUAUUUGGGGAGCAGCUCCAGUCAGGCCAAUGGGGCCUCAUGUGUGGGAAAUUCUGCACCUGCCUGGGACUUGCAGUUUGGGGGAGGGGAGCAAUGCUCCGCACUCCCCCCUCCAAACUAUGCCCUUGCUAAUUAGUACCAUUAUACAUCAUACAUCCCAGUUCUGUUUAGAUUCACUUGUUCUCUUAUUUCCCAGCUUGUCUAGCCAGGCAAAGGUGAAAAUCUUUAUGUUUGAAGUACAUAUUGAUGACAGUUUGAAGCCACUGAAUGACGGAAAAUACUUAAGUACAUGAAAAGGAAAAGGGAGUCAAAAUGUUAAGUUUUAAGAAUGCAGGGCCCAAUCCAGAAGAAAGUAUCAUCUGAUUCAUAAAUUCCAUGUACCUAAUGGAAAUGUGGGCUUCUGUUACGUGAAAACUCUGUUUUGGAGGUCAACCAGGAAGAAGUAAAAAGACCAUUCACAUUGUCGUCACGGGUAACGGAGAAGGUACCAAAACCCUGUAAAAGUGUUUACAACUAUUUUGUAGCUUGGUGCCCUACAAAAAGGUCAGGCUCCGUACCAGUCCACCUCCCCACGGGACAGUAUUGCCACAGGAUACUUUCCUACAAGUUUAUCAGGGUCCUCAAAUUUUAAUCAUAAUGUGGAACAUGUAAGAGAUUGUCUCAUGGACAAUGUGCCCUCUUGUUUACUACUACACAGACUGCAUCCCUCCCAUUCAUAAUAUACGACAUCCCAGAAGCAAAUGCUGCAGUUGCUCACAUGGAGGAGUAUAGUAGGAAAACAUUUAAUAUAUUUGUAGUCUUUUAAUGAAGUGCAGCAGCUAGAAGUGACUAGCCAGCACCAUGAGACAAGCCAGCUCCUCAUGGACCACAGUUCAAAACCUCCAGAUAUCUGUUAGUAACUGCAGGGUGUUCAGUCCUCAGCCUCAGUCAAAGUCUGGAGUUGUGUGGCAGGGGAGGACAAACCAAAGACUAUGACACAAAGGGAGUUCAACAACUUCCUAUAUGCUGGAGUUGGAGAUUUGUUUAAGAAAAAAAGGGGGGGGCAGAUGUGGAUGUGAGGGUUUCUCAUAAUUUGCUGAAAGCCAAUAUAUUCCGGGGCUAUGGAGCCAGCAUCAGAACGCCGUGGAUGUCAGCUGUUUACUCUGUGCAUCCCUGCUGAAUGUGAUGCACUUAAAGCAGAGCUUGAAGUAACUCAGUUAAUAUUUAUCUACAAAGAGAACAUCAGCACCUUAAAAAAGCACUUUUCUGCCAGUGACACAUUUAAUCAGUAUAUUUGCACACUUAUUCGAUACCUGAGGAAGUCUGAUUUAUAUGCUACUCUAAGGCUAAUGCCACAUUUAUUUUAGUAUCUGUAAAUGCUGGCUUUUUUGACAAUAUUCCUCAACAUUAUCAAUGACUGUAAGACCUUAUUUUGACUUCAUUUUUCCAAACAAGAUGAAGUCUAUUCUUUUCUUUUUUAUUAACCGUAUUGGUCCUAAUUAUGCACAUGAAAUCACUUGAUAUGAAUUACACUACUUACUGUAUGUUUUAAAAACAGCAUGCUCUAGUUUCAUCUGAGCAUGUGUAAGAUACAAGAAAAGAUUCAGUGAUACUCUUUUUGCUUAAUACUUUGCAAUAAGAUGGCUAUUUAGAACACAAUAGCAACAAGCCUGAAUUGCCGAGAACAGAUACAUCCUUUGUUUUCUGCAAAACUCUUGACAAUUUGUGCUAAAGGGUAUCGUAUUAUACUUAUGAAAUUCAAGGAAAAAAUAGUACAGACUGAGAGCAUGGCCUUAAAUCCUUAUGUUUCUUUUGGAACAGGAAGGGCUAGGGUUCUUUUUAUGACUAAAUGGUUUAUUCUAGAUCCCCCACAAUACCAUAGGGAAGACAUCAACCUAACAUAUGUGAACAAUGGCAGAGACUCAUCCAGACCAUCACAUAUUUGAUAUAAAAUGUCAUCUUGAAAACUUGACCUUCUAUCCAUUUCUCAUGUGUACUGUGAUGUAUAUUCAUUAAGUAAGGACUGCCUUACCCGGGUCUAAUUUAGCCUAGAUUCUUCAGGGCAGGGACCUCUUCUCUGGUUUGUACAGCAUGGAGCACACAGGAGGCACUCUAUGCUGUAUAUGAUUAUAAUAGGCUUCAGGAGCAUGGAGGAUUAAUACUCCCACAGGUCCGGUGGUUGGUGAUAUUUUUAAAGCUUUAAUAUGGUACUUCUGAACCAAAACACAAAAUAAUUUUUUGUUAAAUUCUUUAAUUUCUAUGACACAAACAGUCAACUGUGUAAAAGAUAUUGGAGAAACAGGGCCAACAAACAACACCAUCACAAUCUGUAAACAAAGUUUCCUGUGAAUCCAAAAAUUGUUACUUCUAAAGUAACAUCAUACCAAUUUAAUUUUUACCUUAAAAGGUAAAUACUAAAGAUGUGCUUACACUUAAAAAUCCCACCAUAUUACAACAAUUCUGCCACUGUGCAUGGAAUAUUGUGCUACUAACACAGGAGAAAGCCAAGAGGUGGCUAACUUAAGACACUUAAUUCACAUACCAUAAAACAGACCAAAAAUGUAUCUUAUUUAUCAGAUAGGAGCAUCUCUGUGCUUUAGCCUCAUAAAAAAUGAGGCAACUGUUGAUGUCACCAAGAGGUACAGACCACCUGACUACAUGAGACAAAACACGAAGUGCACUGUCAAUAUCCAUUAAUGACUUCUCCAUUGCUUCUGUGUAAAUGAAUUUACCCUUCUGUGAAUACAUGACCAAGGUGUUAUAUUUACGUUUGAAAGUAGCACUGUAUCUGUAAAAAGUUUGCAUAUAGAACGUCAGUUUCAGGACAUUUAAUGUAGACGGUGUCACAAUACAAAGAGUAAACGUUAAGACACUGUCAGCAGAUACAGAAAGGUUGGAUUUUCUCUGAAGAUUAAUCCACUGUGAGAACCACACUUAACCUAAACUUUUGCCUUCUUUCCAGUAAACAGUGUCUUUAUUUAAGUACUCUUUUUAAUUAAUACAUAUCUGUGACUCUAAGAUUCAAAGCACAACCCAAUAAAAGGAGUGCAAUCAGAAUACCUCAGUGUUUGUUCUGGGAGGGAAAGAAAAGUUUUCAACUAGCAAUAAUCACACCUCAGAUUAACUUCAUUGGCUAUGAUACUGCCACUACUAAGACAAGGGGGAAAACACUGCAAGUCUUUCUUUUUUGCCUACAUACUAUAACUUGUAUUCUUACUAUCUGUGAACCUAUCUAAUGGAGCUUGCCUCCAGACAACUCACUUGCUAAACACAAUCCAUUCUGGGGAAUCAUAUAUAAGCAUGGUGAAUUGUUUGACUUCUUUUGAUUUUCUUGGAUUGACAGAAUACAUACCCCC